AUGCGCAAAAAUUGCAUGUGUCAUAAGCGAUGUGAUACAUCUUUCACGACUUCAAGGUCACCAUGCUACAACGACUCUUAUCAAAUACACUCAGAUGAUGAUGUGCCACCAAAGCCUGUAAUCAAACGGUCGAAAUCCCAGAGGACGUCUGAGUCUGUGGCUACACUAAAGAAUACAGAAGCGUCCACGGGGUCCGAAGUCAAAAAUGGACUUAGAGAUAAAGCUAAACUUAUAGAUGAGGAAGAGGUGGAAGUUGAAAUGUUAAGUGGGGCGUUUAUGCACAAUAUGCAAGAGCCAUUGGACUAGUGUUUGGCUAAGCAACUGGACCUCCG